AUGCCUACUUCUUCCGACGCAGCGCCGGCCACCUGCAAGGUCGUGCUCUCUAAAAAUGUCGUUUCUAGCCUCCUUUCUGAGGUUCAGGAAGGAGUGAAGACGCUGGAGAAGCCCCCUCACCUGGUGGGAUUCUUGGCCAACAAUGAUCCUGCGGCACUUAUGUAUGCCCAGUGGACUGAAAAGACCUGCGAAGAAAAUGGCUUCCGCUAUUCUCUCCGUCAAGUCGAUCGCGAAGAGCUCGAGGAGGCUAUCCUGGCUGCCAAUGUCGACUCGGAUGUUGACGGCAUCAUUGUAUACUACCCCAUCUUCAACAACCGGCAAGACCAGUACUUGCAGCAGCUCGUCGAUGUAUCCAAGGAUGUAGAGGGUCUAAGCCAUCGCUACAUCUUCAACAUGUACCAGAACAUCCGAUUCCUCGACCCAGAGACCAAGCGACAGAAAUGUAUUCUCCCUUGCACACCCCUCGCCAUUAUCAAGAUUCUCGAGUACCUCAAAGUCUACAAUACGAUUUUGCCCUAUGGCAACCGUCUUUUUGGACACACUAUCUGUGUAGUGAACCGGUCGGAGGUUGUCGGUCGGCCGCUGGCGGCUUUGCUGGCUAACGAUGGAGCCUGCGUCUACAGUGUGGAUGUGACUGGUAUCCAAAAGUUCACUAGAGGUGAAGGUAUCAAAAAGCGGAGACACGAAGUCCACGACUUGGAAGGCAAGACACUGAAGGAUGUGGUGCCUUUGUGUGAUGUCGUCAUCUCUGGUGUUCCCGGGGACAAGUACAAGUUCGAUACCAGCCUCCUCAGAGAGGGUGCUGUGUGUCUUAACUUCUCCAGUGAGAAGAACUUCGGACCGGAAGUCAAGGAGAAAGCCUCUAUCUUUAUGCCUUCCACUGGAAAGGUGACAAUCGCCGUUCUCCUCAGAAACUUACUAAGACUCAUACAGAACCGGAGAGUGGAUGACGUGAAGCCUGCUGAAGCCACCGAGCGCCCAGGCACUCUGGAAGCUGCCACCUAG